AUGGCCACCACCAGCAAGCAGGCUCUAGCUCUUGUUGCUCUCCUGAUCCUGCUCACCGGCAUCCACCUCAUUGCCACCGCAAGAACCCCGGUCACUGUAACCGGCAUUGGAGCUGGUGGAGGCGGCUACGGCGGUGGUGGAGGCGGAGGAGAAGGUGGUGGAAGCAUCGGUCACGGUUACGGCUCUGGUUACGGAAGUGGUUAUGGCUCUAGUUACGGUUCUGGUAGUCAAGGUGGUGAGGGGGGUAGUGGAGGAGGAGGCGGCGGUGGAUCCGGCUACGACAAUGGCAGUGGCUAUGGGUCUGGGUAUCGAGAAGGCUAUGGGCCAGGAGGUGGCAUGAAUGGAGGCGAUGGAGGAGGCAGCGGUGGAGGGGGAUGUGACGGAGGUGGCAGCGGUGGUUUUGGGCAUGGAAGCGGCGGAGGCUAUGGCUAUGGCAAUGGAGGUGGCUAUGGCGGCGAGCAUGGCCAGGAGCUCGAGGAGGAGGACGCAGAAGUGGAGGUGGCCUUUGUGGCGAUGCAGGCGUACCUCGACAUCCAUGGCGUCGAAGAUGAGGCCGAGGAAGACGUAUUGGCUCCUGCAUACAAUGUUGUCGUGCUCACUGCCCAGGCCGGGAAGGCCCUGCGUGCGGCGCAACAACUUCUCGACCAGGCGGUGGUAGCCGCGUCUCUGUCCACAGCGUAG